AGUGUGUGUGUGUGAUGUCAGUGUUUUAUUACGUGUGAGUGUCAGUGUGUGAGAGUGUGUUCAUGAUGAAGCUCUCUCUGAUCCUCGCUCUGCUCUCAGUCUCUGGAGGAUCUGGCCUCAGAGUGACGAGUGUCUCAGGUCAGGACGUGAAUCUGACCUGUAAAUAUGACAUUAAGACAAACAAAGCCCGGCCGGUGUGUUGGGGUCGGGGGGACAUCCCGUCCUCCGGCUGCAACAACCAGUUAAUCGCUUCAGACGGAAGUCAGGUGACGUUUGGGGGCGGGGCUUCCAGCAGGUACCGGUUUAUGGGUCGCCUGCAGGACGGAGACGUUUCCCUGACCGUCCUCAACGUCUCAGAGACAGACGCAGGACGAUAUGGAUGCAGAGUGGAUAUCUACGGGUGGUUCAAUGACGAAGCACAUCACAUCGAUCUGAGCGUGGAGAGAGCUCCACAGACGACCACAUCCACACCUUUAAACACGACUACAGAGCAGACACACACACACACAGCAGCAGACCAGAUGAACUCCACUCAGAUCCUCCAGACCAGCAGCAGCCUCUCCCCCAAGAUGAGGGACAUCCUGAGGGAUGGUAGCAGUGUGUUUCUGCUGAGUGUUGUGUUCGGGGCGCUAGCUGUGCUAACGCUGGUCGCUGCAGUCGUUGUUCUCGCCAGCAGACGGAGGCGACUCAGCAAAAACUCGGAGCUUCAGUUCCUCGGCUCGGCGGCGUCGGAGAUGCAGAGUCGAGGCUCGGUCGUGGAAAACGUUUACCAGCUGGACGACAGCGGUGAGGGCGUUGAUGGCAGCGAGUACGAGAUUCUCCCCGGAAGCUCC